UCGCCGCGUGAAAUCUUAUCUCCGUCAACGCCGAUAAAGUCUCCGGUAAAGAAACCACCGCGAUGUCUUUUCUUUUCCGUAAGAACGGUAGUAGUUCACGGAGGAAGAUCAAAGAAAAACUUCGUGGUCGGCACUCAGAUCGCGGUGGAAAAAGAGAAGAAGACGAGAGAGUCUACGGCGGCUCCGGCUCCGAUUCGUUACCACCACCACCGUCUCCUUGGGGCUUUCUCUUCCCGGAUGAUUUUGUUCGAAUUGACGGAAAUCUCAAAGCUGUUAUUGUAGAUGAUGAAGGAUUAGAUGUGGUUUACUGGAAAAAGCUUCUAGAGUUGGAAAAUAGCGGGAAAAUUAGAAAAAACCCUAAACCUAGAAGAAGAGGAGACAAAUCCGGUGACGGAUUUAGAAGAACUGGAGUAGAUCAAGACGACGACGAUGAUGAUGGAGAUAGAGACGAAUCUAUCGAAGAGGCGUUUUCGUUUCAUACGAAAAAAUCCCAAUCUCCUUCAGGUGGUGAAAUUAGAGAUCAGAGUAAUAAUGGUGGUGGUGGUGGAGGUGGAGGUGGAGGUGGAGGUGGAGGUGGAGGUGGAGGAGGAGGAAGAUAUUAUACUUCUUCUUCUGGUUCACCGUCACGACCUUCUUCUUCUUCUACAUCUGCUGCUUCGCCGUCGCGAACUUCUUAUGCUACAAGUGCUGGUAGUGAUUAUGGUGGUGUUGGGAAACAAUCUCAAUCUAAAUUUCAAGCUCCUGGCGGCGGUUCAUUUCCUUCUUCUCCGUCGCAGAUCCAUAGUGGUGGUGGUGGCCGUUCACCGCCACUUCCGUUUCCUCCGGGGCAAUUCACGGGGCUUCCUCCGGGUCAAUACAUGGCGGUAAAUGCGUCAUUGUCUACAUCGACACCGUCUGUUCUGCUUCCUCCGGGUCAAUACAUGGCGGUAAAUGCGCCAUUGUCUGCAUUGACACCGGGUCAAUUCACCACAGCAAAUGCUCUACCGCAACUGCCUGUUCCAGCAAACCAAACUUCACCACCACCACCACCUCCGGCAUCUGCUGGGGCACCACCUCCACCUCCACCGCCUAAAAAAGGACCUGCUGCGCCACCACCACCUCCUCCACCAGGUAAGAAAGGAGCUGGACCGCCACCACCGCCUCCAAUGUCGAAGAAGGGCCCACCUAAACCGCCUGGUAAUACUAAAGGUCCGACAAAGUCAGGUGAGACUUCAUUGGCCGUAGGCAAAGCUGAGGAUCCGACGCAGCCAAAGCUCAAGCCUUUACAUUGGGAUAAGAUGAACCCUGAUGCGAGUCGUUCUAUGGUGUGGCACCGGAUUGAUGGUGGCUCCUUCAACUUUGAUGGUGAUCUUAUGGAGGCUCUGUUUGGAUACGUUGCUCGAAAACCAAGUGAAUCAAACAGUGUACCACAGAAUCAGAAUGUCUCAAACAGUGUUCCGCAGAAUCAGACUUAUAUCCUCGAUCCUCGGAAAUCUCAGAACAAAGCAAUUGUGCUUAAAUCUUUGGGGAUGACUAAGGAGGAGAUCAUUGACUUGUUAACAGAAGGCCAUGAUGCUGAGUCUGAUACCCUUGAGAAGCUUGCAGGAAUAGCUCCAACGCCAGAAGAACAGGCAGAAAUCUUAGAUUUCGAUGGUGAACCAAAGACAUUGGCUUAUGCAGACUCUCUACUGUUUCACAUCUUACGGACAGUUCCUUCUGCGUUUAACCGGUUCAACGUCAUGCUCUUCAAGAUUAACUACGGCUCUGAGGUUGUUCAACAAAAGGGAUCUUUACAAACACUUGAGUCCGCGUGCAACGAGCUCCGUGCUCGCGGGCUAUUCAUGAAGCUGUUAGAAGCAAUCUUGAAAGCAGGUAAUAGAAUGAACGCUGGAACCGCUCGAGGAAAUGCUCAGGCUUUCAAUCUGACAGCUCUAAGAAAAUUGUCUGAUGUGAAGAGUGUUGAUGGGAAAACUACUUUACUUCAUUUUGUUGUUGAAGAAGUUGUAAGGUCUGAGGGAAAGCGAGCUGCGAUGAAUAAGAACAUGAUGUCUAAUGAUAAUGCCAGUGGCGAGAAUGCAGAUGUAUCUAGAGAAGAACAAGAGAUUGAAUUUAUUAAGCAGGGUUUACCCAUUAUAGGUGGCCUAAGUUCAGAGUUCACUAAUGUGAAGAAAGCGGCUGGAAUCGAUUAUGACUCGUUUGUAGCCACGACCUUGGCUUUAGGCACCCGAGUCAAAGAAACGAAACGCCUUUUAGACCAAAGCAAAGGGAAGGAAGAUGGAUGCUUGACAAAGCUGAGAUCUUUCUUUGAAUCUGCAGAGGAAGAACUGAAAGUUAUUACCGAGGAACAGCUGAGGAUAAUGGAGUUAGUGAAGAAAACCACAAAUUAUUACCAAGCUGGAGCAUUAAAAGAGAGGAACCUGUUUCAGCUUUUUGUUAUAAUCCGUGAUUUCUUAGGGAUGGUUGAUAAUGCCUGUAGUGAGAUCGCAAGGAAUCAACGGAAACAACAACAACAACGACCUGCAACAACAGUAGCAGCAGGAGCAUCAAGUUCAACAGCAGAAACUCCGAGCGUUGCUGCUGCACCGCAAAGGAAUGCAGUUAGAUUUCCAAUUCUACCUCCAAAUUUCAUGUCAGAGAGUUCAAGGUACAGUUCAUCAAGUGAGUCAGACUCAGAAUCUUGAUAUAACCAAGAAAAAAAAGAAGAUCAUUUACUUUUGUUAUUAUGUAUAUAGAAUGAUAGGUGAGCUUGUUGGUAAAAAAUUCUUUAGGUUCUU